CACGCCUUCCUUUUACGCUUCUUCUUCUUUUUGCCACUUUCCCCUCAGUCUUCCCACCUGAAAUCUGCAUGCAGAGUUUUGAAAACUGCGAGGAAGCCCAUCAGAUCAAACACCUUUUGUUUCUUUGUCAAGAACUAUUCGGGUGCCAGCUGUCCUAAUCGCUUGAGCUACAAGUCGUUACGGAGCUGAGAACAUAGUUGAGUGAAGAAACUCACCAUCGAACACCUUUGUUUCUUGUGUCUAGUAUUUUCUGAUACGUUUCCAAAACUCUUGGGGUGCAAGGGUAAAUGCUAUUAAUCGCAUGAGCCACCAGUCUCGUGCCGAAGUGAGAAUCGUUGAGAGAGAGAUCGAAAUAAAAGUAGUUGGUGACUCAGCUUAACUUUUUCAUCUGCUUUUGAUUUAAGUUGUUGAAGUUGGUUAAACAUGAAAGUUCCACAGGAGAGAGAGAACCAAGUUUCAAGAGGCUGAUAUGAGUUGCUUUUGAUCCAGGGAACUGAGCUUUUCAAUCACUUUCCUUUCUGGGUUUUUCUUUUUCUGACUUUUGUCUGCUAUAAAUAGGACAAAGCUUUCUUCUUUUCUUGUGAGAUCAGUUGGUUGGUAAAAAGUUUGAAGGUUUUGGUUCUCUUGAGACUUGAAGAAGUUGAAAGAUUUCUCAAGUUUUUCUAUAUAUAUGUAUAUUCUGUAAUUUCAACUUUCCAUUUUCUAAAUGUUCAUGUUUUUGAAUUAGAUCACAAAAGAUUUGAUUUUUACUGAAGGCGGUAACUGAAGACUGGUAAUUUUGUAAGUUGAGUUUGGAAGGUGAAGGUUAAAUCCAUGGACGAUUUAGCUCAGGCAAUUGCUGUUCCAUACAGGCUAGGUAAUUUGAUCCAUGAUGAGUCAGCAGUAAAAUCCCAGAUGGAAAUUACUGGCCUCAAACUAAUAGCAAAUGCUUCACCCUUGUUAUUUAAUAGUCCUCAUGAUGAAAAACGGGGAGUGGAAGUCGUGAAUCGGGGAAGUCAGGAAUAUAAUAAGUUCAGGCCAACGUGUGAUCGCGUUGGCGAUGGAUCGAGUACUUGUGCUGCAUCCACCUCGCUUUUUUCGGCCACUGGGGAUGAGAAAAUGUGCAGAACAAGCUGCAGUCGGAGAGUUUUGGAUUUGGAUCGUGUACCCCUUUGGGGCUACACGUCUAUCAUUGGAAGGAGACCGGAGAUGGAAGAUGACGUUGCAGUUGUACCACGAUUUUCCCAGGUUCCGGUUCAAAUGCUGAUGGAUGACAGUGUCUUGAAUGGCAUGAAUCAAAACACAAGUGACUUAACUGCUCAUUUUUUUGGAGUAUAUGAUGGACAUGGAGGUUCUCAGGUUGCUAAUUAUUGUCGCGAACGCAUGCAUUCUGCAUUGGCCGAAGAGCUAGAAGUCGCGAAAACAGGCUUAGAUGACCGAAGCAAUGCGGAGGAGGGUUGGCAGGAGAGGUGGAAGGAGGCCUUCUCCAAUAGUUUCUUGAAAGUGGAUGCUGAGAUUGGAGGAGCUCCAAGAGGCACAGAUGUGAGCAAAACUGAUGCUUCUUCUGGGGGAGCUCCAGGAGGCCUUCUCCAACCUAUAGCUCCUGAAACCGUCGGAUCAACUGCUGUAGUCGCAGUGAUUUGUCCAACGCAUAUUAUCGUGUCAAACUGUGGCGAUUCGAGAGCAGUAUUGUGCAGAGGAAAAGUUCCUGUGCCUUUGUCAGUAGACCACAAGCCAAAUAGAGAAGAUGAAUAUGCAAGGAUAGAGGCUGCAGGAGGCAAGGUCAUACAGUGGAAUGGUUCUCGUGUUUGCGGUGUUCUUGCGAUGUCAAGGUCAAUUGGUGACAGAUACAUGAAACCAUGGAUUAUACCUGAUCCAGAAGUGGUGUUUGUUUCUCGAGAAAAAGAAGACGAGUGCCUAAUUCUAGCCAGCGACGGGCUGUGGGAUUUCAUCACAAACCAGGAGGCCUGCGACAUUGCACGAAGGCGGAUCCUUCUGUGGCACAAGAAGUACAGUGAUACCAUGUCAACGGAACGGGGUGAGGGAGCUGAUCCUGCUGCCCAAUCUGCAGCAGAGUACCUCUCAAAGCUUGCCAUGCAAAAGGGGAGCAAGGACAACAUCACUGUUGUAGUAGUAGACUUGAAAUCCACAAGGAAGUUUAAGAAAAAACCCUAAUUCGAACUAUGAUUUGGUAAUCUGAGAUUCAUGCCAGUAUAUUACAAUAUUAUAUAAUCCUCAAACGACUCAACCCUUUUUUAAGUUUUUCACCUGGGUUUAGUGAUGCGUGGAGAAAAUAUUGAAUGUGACCGUCACAUUGCGUGGUUAAUUGUGUGAACGAUAGAUUGAUUGCUAAUAUCAUACGACGGUGUGACAAUCACAUCGAAAAAUCUCUCUACAACUAUAGCCCUACAAUAAUUAUUUUGCCCUCCUUUGCUUUGUUCUUA